CACGAGCAGCGAUGACGUGACGCGUGGACGGUGCCGUGUGGUGGGGCUCGAACACGGAGGACCAGCGGAUGUGUGGCCCCGGACCGUGACACUGAGCCGAGGCGAGGGAGGUGGGGGUCGGACGGACCGAGGCACCGGAGCGUCGCCAGCCUCCCGGUGACCACGUUCCCAAACCGGAGGCUCCGUUAAGGCACGCGCACACACACGCACGCGGCUAACGGUCCGAGCAGAAGCCAUUUUUCUCCGCAAAAAAAUGCCGGCUCCUGAUUGGCUGUAAGGUGUACCUUAACGCCGCCGGCACCAUGAACGUGGGCACGGCGCACAGCGAGGUGAACCCCAACACCCGGGUGAUGAACAGCAGGGGCAUGUGGCUGUCCUACAUCCUGGGCAUCGGCCUCCUGCACAUCAUCCUGCUCAGCAUCCCCUUCGCCAGCGUGCCCGUGGUCUGGACUCUCACCAAUCUCAUCCACAAUGUGUGCAUGUACCUGCUCCUGCACACGGUCAAGGGGACGCCCUUCGAGACCCCCGACCAGGGCAAGGCACGCCUCCUCACGCACUGGGAGCAGAUGGACUACGGCGUCCAGUUUACCGCAUCACGCAAGUUCCUCACCAUCACACCCAUUGUGCUGUAUAUUCUCACCAGCUUCUACACCAAAUACGACCGGGUCCAUUUUGUGGUCAACACCGUUUCCCUGCUCACGGUGCUCAUCCCCAAGCUGCCGCAGCUCCACGGCGUGAGGAUCUUUGGGAUUAAUAAGUACUGACAAGGCAGAAGAGGACACCUCCUUCCUCGAGUCCCUAGGGACCUGCUGAGAGCACGCAGAGUAUCAGGCCUCUGGUUUGGCUGCAGAUCCACGAGGAUCUGUUGCUCUUUGGCUCCGGACUCUGCCUGCCAACUCUAAAUGACGCUGCCAUGGCUCCAGACCCCGGGAAAGAGACGAGGCUCUUUACAGAGAGAGGAGAAAGGGAAAGUGUACUGUUGAGGCCUGUCGCCUUUUUACAAGUUUUCCACAGACACUAAAGAAGCAUUUGUAAAGAGGAAUUAUAUAUUAUAUCAUGUCCGAUUGUGUAGAGAUGGCAGUUUUUAGAAGUAAGAGGAAGAAGUAGUUGCACUGUUAUUGUGCCAUUUUCAAUCGGCACCUUAGACAGUACUCUUAGCUCUUUUUUAGCUAAUGCUACACUGCUGUGUUUAUUCAGCUUCGCUUCCAUGUUGAGCUUCCUCCUCUUCUGGGCUCGAGUAGCGACUGUGUCACAACGUGGUGAAGGAACUGUGAACGACUUCAGAGUCCAGACACCAGAAGCCACACAGCGUUUUACAUUUAGCCCUCGCUGCUCCGCUCAGGGCCAAAGGAGUUAAGCUCUUAUUUUAUCUGACCGUGUCCAUAUUUGGACUCCUCUUGUCCCGGGUUGUGUGGCAGAGCGCCUGCAGUCUGCAGAGUCGUCUGGUCUGAGAGCAGAAGAUAUGCUCAAGAGCUCUGCGCUGAUCCAACAUAACCAAAGAUUCUGCCGUCUGAGGGAAGGGUCACGUUCUCCUGUCAUUACUUUGCUCAUAGUUAGUUUAAUAUUGGGACACAUGCCAAGAGAAGUACUGUGCAGCUGUUAAUCAUGAAAGGUUCAAGUGUUUUUAAUAUUGUCUUCAUAUUGUCUUCAUCCCUAUUUAGGGUCAAUAUCCUUCAUGAACAAUUUUAAAUGGACAAUUAAAAGCUGCAUCAAUCUAACUUUUAGCCACUAGGGGGCACUAAGCUCUCAGUAAAGCUGUGAGCCACUGACCAUAUAAAGAUGGAUGACAUGGCAGUGAAGCCAAAGCAUCUAGAUCGCCUCCUGGAGGCUGGCUGCAGUAAAGGUCAUGGAAUAAAGUUAUUAUUAAAGUUAUCAUUACAAACGCCACCUCCUCCAUGUAAGUGAAGGGGACAUGAACCAAACUAAAAAGUCAAAUUCACAUCAAAUCCUUUUUUAUCCAGGAUAGUUUCUGUGUUUGGUUCUUAACACAUUGAGGUUGAAUGUUGAAUGUUGAGAGUGAAUUCACUUUUUCUCAAAGUCAUUUCCUCCACAGUUAAUAUUAAAAGUAUUGAUUAAUGCAGCUUUAAGGUUCUUCCCUCUUCCUGUAGGAAAACAGUUGGAGAGAGACUUUGCUUUUCUUGAGCUUUACCCACAGGUACUUUUUUAAAAUCCAUAUUUCGAGUAAUAUUUCCUACUGACAAGUCUCCUCUUGAAUUGUUCUAUAAGAUGAAGUAAUGAUUUGUAGGAAGUGAAAUCUCUAUCGAAGGACUGAAUUUCUUCUUCUUCUGCUCGAUGAAACACAUGAAACAUGUUUACUGACGUUAACCCGAACAGUGUUGACCACUCGUUUCUAUCUCAGCAGUAAUAAUACUAGCAGGUACAUAAACAUUAAUAAAUACGCAACACUAGUUUCUGCUUCUACCGCUUCAAUUCUUGUUAUUCUCACUGUUUCUGUUGGUGAAACAAAACCGUUGCAUUAAGUUGAAUUAGUGUCAUUUGCAGUCGAGGACCAAAGAUCCAGACAAUUGAGAAGUUGUAAAUACUCUAGUUUCUCUGCUGCAGCAUUUAUUUCUCCAUCAGGAUGUUUUCAAAUGUCAUGAUCAGCAUUAAGGGCUUUGAUAUGAGACAUCAGUUUUUCUUUUUUACUGGAUUAUUCAAGACAACAGCUGCAGAAGAACGGUUGAAGCUUUGCUCAUGGUUUCUGUUCGUUGGUACCUGAAGGAAAUGUCAGUGUGAUGUUCUGUAAAGAGUGUGUGAUCCCAAAAUACAGUAUUUUUUAAGUAUCA